CGACGCACGCAGACCGACCGAGCAGCUCGCGGGACCCCAACGCAGCACACCGGAGCACGCGCGCAGGUAUCGCCCGCGCGUAUUUUCAACCCCCUCCUCCUCCUCCUCCUCCUCCUCCCGGCUUCCUCCGCUCGGACGCGCAGACCUGUAAUCACUGUCUGGCGAUGGACUCCUUUUGUUCCGACGAAAAGAAGAGCAGCAAAGCGGCAGCAGCCCGGCGGCCGACCAGUGGAAAUACUAUCUGAUAACUCCAUCUGCGUGGACGUCCAGGCUCGAGCUCUUUUUUUUAUUUUUUGUAUUUUAUUCUUUCUUUUUUGUUGGGGUGGGGGGGGGGUGGGACUAUCGCAGCCUACCUGUUUACGCUGCUACGCUGCAAGUCAUCAACUUUACAGCCAUUACUCUUAAAAGAGACAAGCGAGGGACAAUGGUGAAUCCCGGAGGCAGCAGCCAGCCACCGCCGGUGGGCACAGGUUCUCUGUCCUGGAAGCGGUGUGCAGGGUGCGGGGGCAAAAUCGCAGACCGCUUCCUCCUCUACACCAUGGACAGCUACUGGCACAGCCGGUGCCUCAAGUGCUCCUGCUGCCAGGCCCAGCUGGGAGAAAUCGGCACGUCGUGCUACACGAAAAGCGGCAUGAUCCUCUGCAGAAACGACUAUAUCAGGUUAUUCGGAAACAGCGGAGCGUGCAGCGCCUGUGGUCAGUCCAUCCCAGCCAGUGAGCUGGUGAUGAGGGCACAGGGCAACGUGUACCACCUCAAGUGUUUCACAUGUUCCACCUGCCGGAACCGGCUGGUCCCCGGGGAUCGGUUCCACUACAUCAACGGCAGCCUGUUCUGUGAACACGACAGACCCACAGCGCUCAUCAACGGCCAUUUGAGUUCACUGCAGACGAACCCGCUGCUGCCCGACCAGAAGGUGUGUUAGGAGGGGCGGGUGCAGGAAGCAGGAUGUGUGCCUUCAUUUUAGCCCUUACUCAUUGUCACCCGAGACGGCGUGGAUCAGCAGCCCCUCCCCCACCGCCCCCCCUCCCCUCCCCACCCCGGCCUUUCAGCUGUGCUCCCAGGAAGGAACCCACUACCCACCCGACCAGUUACGUGACUUUUAUUUCUGCGACUCAUACCCGACGCUCAGCCUUUCCAACUCGGCUCCUCUCCCCAAAUGUGGGUGGAUACUUGCACUUAAUGCGCCUGAUUCAGGAACGCUGAGGACUCGGUGACCUUGGGAUUUAAGCAGAAGAAGAAGAGACCGAUUUUAAUUCAAGGGGACUCUUCAGGAGAGAAAUGAAAUGAAACACAGGAGGAUGUUGCGACUGAAGCGAGCGGGGGAGAAAAGGACUAAUGAUGUUGAGGAGAUGCAGGCUUUUCCACUGCAUAUUUGUUUAAACACAUUUUAGGGGGAAAACCUGGGACCUUUUCAUUUUUCCUCUUCCUUUUCUAUCCUCAUUCCCCAACAACAUAGUGUUUCCACUUUAUACAUUUUAGGUGUUGAAGGGGAAUGUGUUUUUUCUUCUUUCUUUGAUGGUAUAUAUAGAACAAUUUAUUGGGUUUAAAAAAAAAAAGGAAAAAAAAGAUCUGUGGCUUUUUUGUGGAAAAACAAAUCAUGAACACUCUUGGUGUAUUUGUAAAACUACCAUGUAUGUACAGUAUGCAUGUAAAUGUCGUCGUCCAGGCGUGGCUACAGUACAUCUGACCCUCCGCACUCCAAACCCCCCCCCCCCCCCCCCCCCCGAAUACAAACCCACGGCAAACUGAAGAAAUUUGCUCAUAGUCGACAAUGUAGAGAUCAUCACCAACAUAUAAAUGCUGAAUGAAAGAGAAAUUUAUUUGUGAUAUUUUCCGAGACAUUUGCUCCAGUAUGGUGUAUUUAAUUAAUAAAAAUAUUGAAGAUUUUAAA